AUGCCAGGCGCCGUGUCACUGCGUUUCUACUGGGACAUCCUAGGUUCCUGGAUGCAGGCCUGGUACAGCGCAUCAUGGAGGAGCUUUGUGGCGGUGCUAUCCUUGAUAACAAUCAGGGGGUGCAGCUCGCCAAUGCUGUCCCUACAUCCGAACCUGAUGCCACGCCGGGGCCUACAGGGAACGGCAGCACAGAGCCUGCCCUACAUAACGGGAGAUUACGCCGCUAUCUCGCCGUCCGGUCCGGUUGGCGGUGGACCGACAGUGAGGAUCACAAUGCCUGCCAUGGAGGGCCUGAUCCCUCCGCCCCCCCAGCCGGAGGCUGACGGUGGGCCUACAACGGCCCCUUCCAACGAAGAUGCCGCCUCUCCGCCGUCGGUGCUUGAGCCCUCACCCCCACCUGCAGGGUGCGGUGCGCUACCAGCGCCGCACCCGGAGCCAUCCAGUAACAAUGACACAUCCACUGCGCCUGCAGUGUCAACGGACGACCUGGCCCCUCCCCACCGCAUUCACACAGAGGCCGGGUCUCUAGUCGGAUCCACGGAGAGCGCUCCCAUGACCCCUCCUAUGGACUGCGAGCUUACUCCCCACCUGCGUGGCGUGGAGUAUGUGCUCAGCGCCAGCUCUCCCCUUCCCGUCUCCAGCCAUUUCGUGAAGGUGAAACACUUGUUCGUCUGCUUUGCAUGCACUACUUCCAUAAGGAGUGUGUCACCAGAUGGUGCGCCUCUCCCAUACAUGGUCAUCGCUGCCCCAGCUGCAACGUGA